UUAUGGCAUAAACAAAAAUAAUAAAAAUCAUAUGCCGUAUCUUUGCUUUACAUAACAAUCUAUUCUUAAGAUGAUUUAACUUCCGUGACACAAAAUAAUAUGCCACGUAUCGUCUCAAAAGAUAUACAUACAGUGCUUAAUUUGCCAAGAAAGUCAAAUGCGAAAACUUGAAAACUUAAACCGCCAACCAGUAAAAGUUUGAAAAAUGGCUUCACCACCAGAAAAACUGAAGAAUGAGGCAAACGGAUGUCGUUUAAGUAAACUUUUGAUAAAUAAAGGAACACAAGCAUUGAAAACGAAAUUGCAAUUUAUAUUAAACUCUUGCUCAUCAAAUUUACCUGCCAAACUAAAGGAUCCUUCAACAAAGAGUAAGUUAAAAUCAUUAAAAUUCACCAACAAAGAGCAAUGGAAUCUACUUUAUGGUACUGGUUCACCUGACAUUGAAGAAUUUGAUAUCUCGUUGUUAACUGUCCUAUUACGAAAUAUAUGUGGUCUAACACCGCCAGCUAGUGGGUGGAAUAAUCUUCCUUCCCCUUCAGAUAACUCAGUCUCAGCAAAUAUUGCAAGAAUAAAGUACUAUCGAAACGAAGUUUACGGUCACAUAAGCACAACUGGUGUAGAUGACAGUAAGUUUGAGGACUUUUGGAAGGAAAUCUCAAAAGCACUGGUUGGUCUGGGUAUUCAACAAACUGAAAUAGAUGAAUUGAGGGAAGCUCCUCUCAGUCCUGAGGAGGUAAAUUAUAUUGAUAUGUUGGAGAAGUGGUAUGAAAGAGAACAAGAGUUAAUUGAUGUUGCUGAGAAAACCAAAGAAGAUGUUGGAGAUAUAAAAAAGGACGUAGUGGAAAACAAAAAACAUGUGUUACAAAUAGAAAAGAAAGUGGAGAAAAUUGAAGAAAAGAUGGCAACAAAAGCUGAUGUAGCGGAAGUAAAAGAAAUUGUACAGGACAAAACAUACUCGAAUGUCAAAAAGCUAGGAAAGUGUAAUUUUAAAGGUCUUAUAGCAAAUCUUAAUAAAAAACAUUUACCAGGUACUAGAGAAUGGUUAUUUGAAAAAGUCGACACCUGGUUCAACGAUAAAAAUACAAAAACUUCUAAUGUCAUGAUCUUGAUUGCUGGUCCUGGAGUUGGUAAAAGUGUAUUUGCCGCCGAGGUGUGUCGACGAUAUUCUGAAAAGAAGAAACUUGCUGCUUGUCAUUUUUGCAAAUAUAAUCGAUCGGACUAUAAAAAUCCUCGAAUGUUGAUAGAAUCAUUGGCCAGCACCAUGUGUGAUACGAUACUAGGUUUUAAAUCUAAACUGAAUGAAGAAUUACAAAGAAAACAUUCCAAAGAAUCGAUUGCAGAUGCAUUUCGUGUUUUAUUGAAUGAUCCAUUGCAUUCCUUGGAAGAUCACGAACCAAUGCUUUUGGUUAUUGAUGCAUUAGAUGAAAGUCAAGUUGACGAAAAAAGUGAAUUAUUAGAAUUGAUUGAAGAGGAAUUCAACAAACUACCUCAAUGGAUUAAAGUCUUCAUCACCAGCCGUCCAGAACUUCUUGUUCAAAAAAAGUUUAAAAAAAUGGAUCCUGUGGAAAUAAAACACGAUCCCCGAAAUAAAAACAACGAAGAAGACCUGCACAAGUAUUUAAGACAUGAAUUGAAUGACCAUGAGGAAACAAAUGACCACGUUGAUAUCAUUUUCCGGUUAUUAGUCAGGAAAUGUAAGGGAUCAUUUCUGUACGCUUAUCACGCCCAACUGGCUUUGAAGGAAGAAAAUGUUGAACUUACAAUUGAGAACAUUAAACGAUUAGUUCCUAUUGGGUUAAGCGAUUUUUACACGAAGCAAUUCAAGGCACUACUGAUUGAGAUAAGAAAAGAAACACUAAAUCCAGUUCUUUUAGAAGACAACUUUACCAAAUUUCUUCAAGUGCUGGUUGCUUGUCGAAAUUCUUUACCAAUAAAGUUACUGACUUCAUGUAUAGGUUUUUCUGAUGACGUCAGCUUUGAAGUCCCAAGUAAAAUUAGUGGAAUAAUAUCUCAAGUUUUGCCAGUUUACGAUGGUUGCCUGACUGUGUAUCACAAGUCUCUUAUUGAUUGGUUGAAAUCGGACGGAUAUGAAAAGCAUGCAUUUACAGUUGACGGUCACUGUGUUGUCAAUGGGCAUAAGUUGUUGAGAAAUGCUUGCGAGGAAGAAUUUCGCUACAUCAAGUCGUUAACGCAUUUUCAAGAUCUGAAGAUCACUGCUAUGUGUACUUAUGCUUUGCAAAAUGGGAUACAUCAUAUGUUGGAAUGUGGCGAAGAUGUUGACUUUAGUUUGGUAGUAGAUAUUCGUAUCAUCUAUGCCAGUUCAAAGAUAUUCUUUUUAGUGUGGGAUCUCCGUUCUUGGCUGAAUUGCGUCCUCCAGCAACGACGAAUGUCUCUUAGAAAAGACGUCAUAGAUGAAAUACAUUUCAUUCUCGAUACCAUUAGUCACAUUUCAACUCAUUUACUUUCGAAAGAGUUCGUUCCUUAUUAUCUCCAAUGUGUCUUAAAUAGAAUCCAUAGCAGUGACCGACAAAGAUUUUUGGCUAGGAGCAUGUUGCAUCAAGGAAACUCUGCUUGGUUUGAGGAUUUAGACUCCACUUAUCUAACAAACCAUUAUCAUUCGACAGUCUCUUUGCGUUAUAAAAUUACAUCUCUUUGUUUGUCGUCUAAUGAAGAACUUCUUGCAGUAGGAUAUGAAAAUGGUGAACUAUCUAUUCUUGAGCUUCCAGAAUUCAAAGAACGAUGGUGUCUACGCCCUGGUCUUGAUGAUUCAAAGUCAACAAAGCCCGAAAGCAUCUGUUGUUGUUCCUUCUCACCUGCCGGCAACAGACUGGUAACUAGUGAUUUUUCCACUGAAUUAAAGUUGUGGGAUGUGAACAAUAACCGUUUGUUAUCAUGUUUACAAGCAGAUGGAAUCGUUGACAGCUGUUCUUUUGUAGAUUCUGGGUUGUUCAUUGCAGCAGAAUUACUAGAAUACACAUUCUGCCCAUUUAUUUUCACGGCAUGGAAUGCAUUCACUUUGCAAAGAGUCGAUCGACGCCGAAAUAUUAUUUCUCCACCAAUUCAGUGCCCUGAUGGACGCGCAAAAAUUGCGUACACCAACUAUGGUCGUUGUAUUUAUGAGUUGCUAAACGUAAUCGAUGUUUUUGGGAAUUUUAGUUAUGUGUUGCCUAACGCGAUAGAUGCGUAUUUAGAACUCCUACCCCUUCCCUCUCCGGCAAUGAAAAACCAUUGGCGGGAAUGUGUUUUCUAUCAUACCAAACUCGUGCUAGAUACUUCCAAAAUCACCGAGUUAGUGGAAACCGUGGAUCGAAACAAACACUACAAAACAAAGUUCGGAGACUGCCCAUGUAUCCACAGGGAAUUUGGAACAGUUGCACCAAUCACCAUGAAUGUAUUUUACGUGGUGCCCUAUAUUUCCGAAUUAAGUGUUUUUAAAAUAGAUAGUUAUUCUGAGAAGCACUCAUUAAGGUGUCGGGACCAUCAAAUUAAAUGCUGUUGCUUUUCACCAAAUGGGUCUUUCUUGGCUACUUGCAGUUACUAUGCCCCAGUCUACAUCGACAUUUGGGCCAUCCAGCACUGCACCAUUGUUCAGACUGUACAAAUGCAACUGGAUGAUGCACUAGGAUGCUGGUGGUCGAACGGUUUACUGUGGAUAUGGGAUGGUUCUGAUCAUCUUGCAAAGAUAUUGACUUCCUCUGAUUCUUUUGUUGAGUCCGCUGGGUUAGAAAUGAUAAAUAUUGGAUUUAAACCCAAAAACAUCUUAACAUUUGGCGAUGUUCUAGUUUGUAUUGACCUAGAAAAUGUUGUUCGAGUUGUUAGAAUUAUUAACGGGGAAAUACAAUACAACGAGAGACUACCUAUCGACAAUUCAAAAUUCAAAGCAGCUGUAUCACCUGACAAUUCUGUCAUUUUAACUGUUUGCCGUAAAAAGAGCAUACAGAUCAGUGUGUGGAAAUGGCAAAAUUGUGAAAGCACAGUACUAAAAAAUGUGCACAUUAACGAAAUUCUUGCACCAAGACAAACAGAUAUAACUCGCUUCAAUGUCUGCUUGACAAGCGAUGGUAAAAAAGUGGUUCUUGUGUUAGUUUUUUUUGAAAUAAGUGACUCGCACCGUGCGACGGCUUUCUUUAGAAACUUUCUAAUUGAUGUGCAUUCGAACGGUGACCCUAAACCUUUUUCCGAUAGAAUCGUCUUUAAUACAGAAAUUUUACUAGCUAGUGAAUCGUACUGUGUUGGAAAAAACAUUAUAGAUGGUUUAGUAGCUGUUCAUUUUGAAAAUGGUCAAGAAUGUAAUAUGAAAAUACAUUAUGUCCCUUGGAAAUCGCGUAACGUGGGUGAUGAUAACAUCCCUAUUGCUAGCAUGCAUCCUGGAACAGACACUGUCGUCUCGAUAUCUAACAAAAGACGUAAAAUUCGAUUUUUGAAAGUCCAUUUUCCUCCGAUAAAUAAACAUUAGCGCAAUCUCAUUAUCAAUGUUUUUGAGCUUAGCGCUUGUCAACAUGUGAAGUAGAUAUUGAUAAAGAACAGUCAGUAUUUUGAAAAAUUAUCGUCCAACAUACAAUGAAGGGAAUAUUAAAAUUUAUGUUUUUAAUUCUCCUUGAAUUGUCAUUUGUUUUGUUCAAAA